AUGGCUUCGCCCUCUGUGCAUGCCAUGCCAGAGCACUGGACGGAACUUAGUGCCGCCAAGAGGCAACGGCAACUCUGCGCCAGCGAUGUCGAAGCCAUCAAGACCUCGUGCAGCAGCGACUGCGGGAAGAAACACAUUGCAGAGUGUUCGAGCUGUUACGGCAAAGUACUGGAUAGGAUGCGCCAGCGAUACACGGAGAGCACGGACCGCGAAUGGUUCACUCAACGAAGGGCAUUUCUGCAGGAAUUGGAGGGCAUGUUCCAGGACGCCCGGGACCACACCAAGAGCCUGAAGCUCAUCGAGGCGCGGAUAGAGUCUGAGAAGGAGGCGUGGUACCGCUGGGUUCUGCGAAAGUAUCCUGAAUUCAUCGCGGCCUCAGACCGCGGCGCGAAUCAGGAUGAGCUUCGAGCCAUGCUGGACGACCCGGACCGGUCUCGCGAUGAGCUCGUGACCAUGAUGCUGGAAGGAGUUGGCAAACCUCAGGGCUGGCCCUCGAGCGUGGAGACCUUUGCCGACAAGGUUGAUGCUGCUAAAAGCGACCCGGCUGAGUUGAAGAAGCUGUACGUGGCGGAAUUCUUCAUCACCCAACCGUCCGGCGCGGUGCUCGACAAUGCGCAAAAGUAUCUGGAGGAAUACCAGGGCAGCGAUGGCCUCACGUUGGAGGCGAUGGUCGACAAGAUUGUUUCCGACAUCAGGGAGAGCAGAAGCUCGCAACCCCAGCGAGAAAACCAUCAAUCACGGCUCGCCGAGCUGCGGCGGGCCAAGACGGCGUUUGAGCAGAACAAGAUGCAGAUUAAGAGUCAGCUCUCGGGCAACAACACGUCCGCUGCGAGCGAGAAGCUGCACAACCUGCCUCCAUGUCUCGUCUGCAAGGGCGAAGUGGACCCGAACAAUGUGCUGUCGUGCUCAGUGUGCCAGGCAGUUGCACAGAUGGGCGGCGCCAAGAAGAUGGCAGUAUACUGCUCCGAGGAAUGCUUCCACAAGGGUCAUGGAGAUCACGUUGAAGCGGAGCAUGACUGCGAGGCGGGCGAGAAAUGCGUGCAGAUGCGAGACGAGGACGUCGAGAUGGAUGAUGGCAGCUUCCGGAGCGUGUCGUGCAAGGAGUGCCUGGACGAGCGGCGCAUAACGCUGUACUGCUCGGACCGCUGCGCUGCGGAGAACGUUGCGGGGCACCGACAGCUCGUCCACGGCGUCAAGACGGCGGCCGGGGAGGGCGAGACCCUUGCGCUGGUGACGCCGACGCAGGAGGCGGUGGAGGCUGCGCUGCAGAGAGAAAACCCGGAACUCAAGAUGACGCCAGUCUAG